AUGUCUGAACCGCACCCUGAUCCACACAAACCAGCUUACUACAAGAACCCUUUCAAGUGGUGUCGUUACUACGCGUAUAAGAAGCCUAACUUGUUCUUCCCAUCUGCCAUGGGGGUCUUGAUCCCGGUGUUCUUAUUCGGCUUCACUCCGUUGAGAAAGAAGUUCUUGUUUGAAGACGUCGCGGCCGUCCCGGCAGAAUACCCAUUGCCAAACAGAGCCAGAGACGCUUCUUUGGUCGGCUACGACGAUAAUUAA